AUGGGUGAUGCGAUCUACGGUUUGAAGAUUCACGCACUGGUGGCAAUCAAGGAGUAUGGGAUGGGUCGAUGUGUUUGCUGGUGGAAGGGUAAUGAGGGUGCCAGGUAUGAUGGAAACCUGAAAGAGAAUUUCACAACGCCCCGCGCAGUGGUGUCCCUGCGCUUUUUCAAUUGCUUCCGCCUGCUCCUAGAGAAGGCUGAAGACCCCAACGAGCUGAAGAUCUAUGUGGAAACCUUGGCCUUCAAGCAUUUGAACAAUGAAAUCACCGAGCAACGAGUGGACGCAGUACUGGAUGCUUUCAAUGAGCUCAUGGUGCAGAAUGUGCCCAAUCUGCCGCCGGGCACCGCCGCUGCCUGGCGGAAGUUGCUGAGCUACACCGGCUCCUGCUACAAGUGCCGCAAGCGGGUGAAGUACGUGGGCGACACCUAUGGGGAGCGCCUUCGAGUGAUCAAGGAAGAUUGGGCUGCCGUUCAGAAGUCUGCUACGGACGAUCGGAACAAGGACGAGACCAAGACUAACGCGGGCGACAACGCGGGUGGUGGAGAGAAUGUAAAUGCAGACGAGGCGAAAGAAGAUGACACGGCUGACGCUGGGGCCGAGACCUUCAGCUUUGGGCGGAUGUGCGCUUUCAGCAACGAGGUCAUGGGACAGAAGACUGAAGGGUGGAUGUUGGAACUCCUUCAGGUCUUUCAUAUCUUGGUCGAUAUGAUCUCCAGCCCUGUGCAUUUGCAAGAGGAGUGCGACUUAUUGGCGAUCAACUUGAUUACCAAGUCCAACUCGAUCGACUUUGACAAGUUCAAGCCGGUGAUGUUGGCAGCAUUGCGAUCCUUGCUUCCGAAGCAAUGGAGCACCUUGCAUGAGACAUCCUGGGAGUGGUUGUGGACAACUGUGGCACGGAACUUGAAUGAGUCCACCAUGAAGGUGCGGGCCUUUAAGCCGUACAAUAUCCGCAUGUUCUCCUCGCUGCAAGAGGAGCAGCUGGACCGCUUCCGCAAGGACAUCUUCACCGAAUUCUUCGCGCGCAGCCAGGCAAGUCAAGACCUUUUCAAGCAGCCGCUUGGGUACGAGUUGGUGGAAACCUUGGAUGAUCUCUCGGCUCUCGGUUUGCGUCAUGUCGGCUAUGGCAUUCCAAUCGAGCUCUUUGGACCCUUUGUGGAGGUUUGCGUUCAGGAGAACGAGAUGCCCGAGCACAUGAUGAUCGAAGGCUUUCGUUGGUCCAUCGGCCACGCAGUUCACUUUGAUGAUUCCAAGCGUUUGCGCCGUGCAUUGAUGGAUGCUCCUCGUGCUGCUCGUCAUGGGACACGUGACGGGGACAGGGACAACUACUACUUUGGAGCUGAUGAGCUCUUCAAGUGGCUGCCCCGGAGGGGCAUUAGGUACCAGCCCAACAUCGCAGACAACGUCUUGCGCGAGGCGCCCUUCCUGGCAGAGACCUUGUUGGAUGGCUUGAUCUGGCGAUCGCACAAGAGCCAGGACAACUUGCGCCCAGUGAUCUACUAUUUGAAGCACCUGUUGCAAGACAUGGAUGAAACGAAGAUGCUCUCCCGGGCUUUGAUCAGCUACAUUCGUUUCGACCACCCUCAGACGAUCAUGCAUCCAAUUCUCGCUUUUUCAUUGGACAUGCUUUGGGACAAACUGGCCUUGCGCUACUUCAUCAUGGACCGCAUCCUGACGAUCUUCAACUGCUUCAUUUUCAUCAUCGCCGAGUGUCCCUCAACUGCAGCGGUAGUUCUGGGACUCGAAUUCCUGAAUUUGGCCAAAACACGUUGA